AUGUUAGCGCUCGCCUUCUCCUACCCUUUCGCUAAAGCCUUCUCCUACACUUUCACUAAAGCAUUCUCCUACCCUUUCACUAAAGCCUUCUCCUACCCUUUCGCUAAAGCAUUCUCCUACCCUUUCACUAAAGCCUUCUCCUACCCUUUCACUAAAGCCUUCUCCUACCCUUUCGCUAAAUCCUUCUCCUACUCUUUCACUAAAGCCUUCUCCUACCCUUUCACUAAAGCCUUCUCCUACUCUUUCACUAAAGCCUUCUCCUACUAUUUCGCUAAAGCCUUCUCCUCCCCUUUCGCUAAAGCCUUCUCCUACCCUUUCACUAAAGCCUUCUCCUACCCUUUCGCUAAAGCCUUCUCCUACCCUUUCAAUAAAGCCUUCUCCUACUCUUUCACUAAAGCCUUCUCCUACCCUUUCGCUAAAGCCUUCUCCGAGCCUUUCACUAAAGCCUUCUCCUACCCUUUCACUAAAGCCUUCUCCUACUCUUUCACUAAAGCCUUCUCCUACACUUUCACUAAAGCCUUCUCCUACCCUUUCGCUAAAGCCUUCUCCUACCCUUUCACUAAAGCCUUCUCCUACUCUUUCACUAAAGUCUUCUCCUACCCUUUCGCUAAAUCCUUCUCCUACCCUUUCACUAAAGCCUUCUCCUACUCUUUCACUAAAGCCUUCUCCUACCCUUUCACUAAAGCCUUCUCCUACCCUUUCACUAAAGCCUUCUCCUACCCUUUCGCUAAAUCCUUCUCCUACCCUUUCGCUAAAUCCUUCUCCUACUCUUUCACUAAAGCCUUCUCCUACCCUUUCACUAAAGCCUUUUCCUACCCUUUCGCUAAAGCCUUCUCCUACUCUUUCACUAAAGCCUUCUCCUACUCUUUCACUCCCAGUAAAGACUUACAUCCUAAUAGAAUUAUCGCCUCGCAUAGGAUGAAAUGA